AUGGCCGCUGCGAUAAUCGUUGGUGGUGAGUGGCAGGCUGACCCGCCGUCGUCGUUGCCAGACUCGCCCUCGCCCUCGCCCUCGCCCGACACCGCCCUGCCCUCCUGCGAGCCCGCCGACGACCACCACCACGACAGCGACAACGUCGCCUACUCCUUCACCACCGCGACGUCCGUAGACGACAACCGGAGCGUCCACCGCGACAGCAGCCCCCCCGUUUACCUGCGAUCCGACUCGCUGCAGCCGGCCUCUAGCCUCCCCGCCCGCCUCCAGGCCGCCGCCGCCACCACCAACAGCAGCAGCAGCAGCGCCAACGGCACCAACGGCCACCACCACCACCCGCGUCAUCCGUCGCCCCUGCACGACUGCACCUCGGCCGCCUCGCCCCCCUGCGCGUCAGUCUAUGCUGACCUGUCCCUCGACGGCGAACGGGGGAUUGGUGAGGCUGGUUCUGCGGUAACGACACUGCCCAGAAGCCAGUCUCCGUUUCGAGUGUCCAGACGGGCCAUCAUGAAUGGUGACGCUGAGCUGCCCCACCGUUCCUCUUCGCCGCUCAAGCGUCGCGCCUCGAGCAUGGAUCCCGAGCCGGACGCCUCGCCUCGCAAUGGCGAGGAUGCCAACGUGAAUUCUUCGCAGACCACGGCCACGGCCAAGUCGGCCGACGCCCCGCGUGCCAUGAGCGUUGACCCGCCAGAGGGUGCUGACGCCCCAGCGCAAAACCCGCCUCCUGUUGCCGAGCAAAUCAAAAUCAUUGAGACUCUGCUCAAGGCCUUUGAGGAUGCCCCCAGCGCCGAAGGCGACAAGGCCUACCUUGUCUCGAGAGAAUGGGUUGACAAGGCCCGCUCGCUGCAGGGCCCGACCAAGGCCAAGGCGGAAGAUGGCGAUGUGCAGCUUGGUCCGGUCGACAACUCUGACAUUAUCGACCAAGUCAUCAAGGACCCCUCGGGAGCUUCCUUUACUCGUCUCAAACCCGGUGCCGACCAGGAGACUUUUGCCCUCUUCCCAGAGGAUGCGUGGAAACUUGUCAUGGAAUGGUACGGCCUCAAAGAAGGACAAGAGCCCAUCUGUCGUAUUGCGUUCAACUCUGCUGAGGGUGGAGAAGACAACAUUCUCUAUGAGUUUCACCCUCCAAUUUUCCGCGUUCACCGGGUGUGGUCGGAACUCAGCCCAUUGCCUAUUGAGCAGGCCUUGAAGGCUAAUAAUCCUCCUGCAAUCCUGGCCCCCAGAAGCCGUGGCGCAAAACUGCAAGAAUUUUUAAAAGACAUCAAAACCUGGGCGGGCAUUCCCCUCGAUCGCAAGGUCAUUGUCCAUCAAGUCCGACAUCCCGACCCUACCACCAUCCCGACUACGCAGCAAGCGGGAUCGGCAUUGACGCCACCAGACUCUCCUGGCCGUGAGGCACAAAAUGCCGAUGGCGAGUGGCCAAACCUGCUGGUGGACUUGCCCACCUUUGCACAGUCCCGUGACCACCGUGAGCAGCUCUCUCAGAUACAGGAUAAGACAGGCCAAAGCUACAACAGCACUGUUACGCUACACAUGAAGGACCUUACGACAGAUGCCACAUUGGUAUUGGAUGAAGUGAUUGACAACAAAUUUUCGGUGAGCACAUACAAAGGUCAGCAAACAAAGCCGCAAAAGAACAUGUCAAAUCGUUCUGGACUUUCGUCGAAGCCAAACAGCGCCAGGAGCAGCCCGGGUGCAGAGGGCAUCAUGACCAGAGGCCGUGCAGGCAAGAAUCGGCAGCUCGGUCGCACGGUGGGUCAUGUUGGUCUGCACAACCUAGGCAACACCUGCUACAUGAACUCGGCCCUGCAGUGUGUCCGGAGCGUCGAAGAACUGACCAAAUUCUUCAUCACUGAUGCGUAUUUGGAUGAAAUCAACAGCACCAAUCUCUUGGGUUACAACGGUAAAAUGGCCAUGGCGUAUGGCGGUCUCCUGCGCGACAUUUACCGAGAGGGUCGUGGCUCCGUCAGUCCGCGAGAAUUCAAGAGCACUGUUGGCAGAUGCAGAAGCACCUUUUCUGGUUGGGGCCAGCAAGACUCUCAAGAAUUUCUUGGCUUCUUGCUCGAUGCCCUUCAAGAAGAUCUGAGCCGUGUUAAGAACAAGCCUUAUAUCGAAAAGCCCGACUCUACCGACGAAAUGAUCAACGACCCUGAAGCUAUUCGCGCAAUGGCUUCCAAAGUCUGGGACAUCACCAGACAGAGAGACGACUCCGUCAUUGCCGACCUAUUUACUGGAAUGUAUAAGUCGACACUAAAGUGUCCCGAGUGCGACAAGAUUAGUAUCACGUUUGACCCUUUCAACACUCUGCCGCUUCCCCUUCCCUUGGAGACUGUGUGGAGCAAGACUGUCAAGUUCUUCCCUCUGAAUGAUGUGCCCGUCAACAUUGACGUCGAGGUUCCCAAGCAUAGCUCCAUCGAAGUGCUGAAGACGUAUCUGUCUCUCCGCACCGGCGUACCGACUGAGCGGAUGAUGGGUGCCGAAGAAUUCAAGGAUCGCUUCUUCAAGAUUUACGACAACAAUCAGGACGUCUCUGAGGAGAUAACGCAGUCCGACGUGCCUACAUUCCACGAGCUAGAGUUUGUGCCCACAAACUGGCCCUCACGGCCGCAGAAGUAUCGCUCCAUGUUGGAUAUUGAUGCGCAGCCUGAAGAUGACGAUCCCUCUACGGAAAGACUGGUUGUUACCGUCGUGCAUCGCCGUCCUAAUAGCCACGGCCGGCCAGAAGGCAUCUCGCCGCCUCAUUUCAUUACUCUGACCAGGGAGGAGGCAUCUAGCUAUGAUGCCAUCCAUCGCAAGAUCCUCGAAAAGGUUGCGACAUUUUCCACCUGGAGCAAGUUCAACAGCGACGAAGAAGUCGAUGCCACUGACACAGACAUGGUGGCCACAUCGGAUGCCGACUCAUCGGGAGAUGGCAAGGUGGCAGCAAAGUCGGUUGAGGGUGAAGAUGAUAUUGUCGACGUCACAAUGAAGGAUGCCGGCGCUGCGCCCACAGGACAACCAGCCUUGCUCAAGCGCUUCAAUAAAUCUCGCCCCAAGUUCAUGGAUGCAGCCGCACGACUAAGUCCUUCGCUGCAGAACUUGUUUGAGCUGAGAUAUUUCGCUAGCCCCAGCGAUGGGGCGAUUCCCACAGGAUGGCAGUCUACGGAUAACAACAGGACACUACCCAGCCUGGCGGACCGCAUGCCACAGCCGUCUGAAGAGGAGAGCGCCACUCCCGAGAGCUCAAACGCCGACGGUUCAGACGACGAUAAUGAUGAUGGGAAUGAAAGUGAAGAGAAGGACGAGAGAAGCAACGAAGAAGAGGCCAAGGAAGAGUCGGUCCAGACUCGCAUGGCCGAAGAGUCGAGUGAGGAAGAGCUCCCCCGUCGAUUCGACCGCGGAGGCCGCAAUCAAAGAAAUGGCGGCCGAAAGAAAUUCAAGGGCCACAAAUCUUACGGCAAACGUGGUAACAAGCGACGAGACAAGCAUGUGAGAAACGGCAAGGCCAACGGACUUCCACAAGUCAACCCCCAGCCGAUGCCUCCGGCCGUUGCUGACGGUGGGCCGCUCAUCCGGCUGCACGAGGGCAUCGCUGUCGACUGGAACGAUGACGCUUGGGAAAUGGUGUUUGGCGGAAGCGGGAGAGACAAUUUGGCUGAAGGAACCAGAACCUUUCUCGAUCUGGAAUCGCUACAGGACCCUGUCAUCAAGAUCAAUCAGCGCCGCCGCCAAACUCGCAAGUCGCGGGGCAUCACGUUGGACGAAUGCCUGGACGAAUUCGAGCGGGCCGAGAUUCUUUCGGAGCAUGACAUGUGGUACUGCCCGCGCUGCAAGGAACAUCGCCGCGCCAGCAAGAAGUUUGAUCUGUGGAAGACACCGGACUACCUGGUUGCUCACCUGAAGCGAUUCAGCAGUAGCGGCUGGCGACGCGACAAGCUAGACGUGCUUGUUGAUUUCCCGAUUGAAGAACUCGACUUGACGGCACGCGUCAUAGAAAAGGAAGAUGGCAAAUCGGAGGUGUACGACUUGAUUGCUGUUGACGAUCACUACGGUGGACUGGGUGGGGGCCAUUACACAGCAUACGCCAAAAACUUUGUGGACGGCAAGUGGUACAAUUACAACGACUCGUCGGUCAGCCUCGUGUCGGAUCCCCAGUCUGUGAUUACGAGCGCAGCGUAUCUGCUCUUCUACAAGCGUCGCGCCUCUGGCCACCUGGGUGGGCCCAGAUUCGCUGCCAUCUUGGACAAGUACGAAAAAGAGACGACGGAAGAGGAAAGUGGUGGUGAUGAUGAUGCCAGCGGCAAGGCGGACGAAGAUCUGCCGGCUUACGAGGGGCGCACACUGGGAGGCAGACGGUCGAGCAGUGAAGAUGAGUCUGGGCCUGGCAGGGUCAGCGCGGUGCGCAACGAGUCGCUCAUGACGCAGACUUGGACUUUUGGGAGCCUCGACGACGGAGCCGAACCGUCAGCGGGAGCGGCCAGCGACGUGGCGCAAUUAGAGUCGUCAGGAGAUGAUGACAACGCGGGAGGUAUCGACGAAGCAGACACCGUCAUGGGCGGCGCCGGGGGAGAUGUCGUAUCGUUGGUUGAGCGGGCAGAAGAAGCCAAAGACGACGAGGAUGAGGUGACGGAGAUUCAUGUAGAGAAUGCCAGGUCGGAGUAG